GCGAGACAGCUCCGCACGCGCAGAUCUCUUUGUAACACAGUUCGGCGCGUGUAAGAAGGGCUUCUCUGGUUCGCGUCUGGAGAGAAAACUUUGGGAAACAGACGAGAAGAGAAACUUUUCGGAACCCUCCAUCAGACUCUGACCCCCCCCCCGUCCCUCCCACCCCCUCACACCCCUCUCCGCGCGCUGUCUGCGCUUAAAGGCGGAUAAAAGACUCACAGCGUUUCGUUCCCACCUGUUGCGUUCUGCCGAGAGCACUUCGAGGAAAGUUGUGGAACUCUGGAGGGAACAGCAGCGCAGAGAUCAGCCAGAGAUCAGCUGAAGAUCAGCCGGCUUUGUUCUCAGCGCGGCGAGAGGAGCGCGCGCUCUCCGCAGAGAGAACCAGAACCAGCUCCUGGAGGAGAAGAGAGGAUUUUGUUUGAUCUGAAGUGGAAUUUGUACACUUUUUUCCCUCCUCACGAGACGCUCCAACUCGCGUGCUGCUGGCCGAGAGCAGAGAAGUGACUCGCGGAACAUCUCGAAGGGCAGCUCGAGCUCCAGCUCCGGGAGAAAGUUUUGGAAAGUUUGGACGGAACAGCUACGAACAAAGGAGGCUGCCUGCUGCCGGACGGAGAGGCAUGGAUGCGAGCCAGAGCCUGCGCUUUAUCCUCACCAUCACCCUCCUCGCCUGCAGCUCCCAGAGACUGGCGCACGCGAACUCGUGGUGGUCUUUAGCCAUGAACCCUAUCCAGAGGCCGGAGAUGUACAUCAUCGGAGCUCAGCCGCUGUGCAGCCAGCUGACGGGUCUGUCCCAGGGCCAGAGGAAGCUGUGCCAGCUCUACCAGGACCACAUGGUGUACAUCGGCGAGGGGGCCAAGACUGGCAUCAAGGAGUGCCAGUACCAGUUCAGGCAGAGGCGAUGGAACUGCAGCACCGUGGACAACACGUCUGUGUUCGGCCGGGUCAUGCAGAUAGGCAGCAGAGAAACAGCAUUCACCUACGCCAUCAGCGCUGCAGGUGUGGUGAACGCAAUCAGCCGGGCGUGCCGAGAGGGUGAGCUGUCCACCUGCGGCUGCAGCCGAGCGGCACGGCCCAGAGACCUGCCACGGGACUGGCUGUGGGGCGGCUGCGGGGACAACGUCAACUACGGCUACCGCUUCGCCAGGGAGUUUGUGGACGCACGGGAGCGGGAAAAGAACUACCCACGAGGCUCCACAGAGCACGCACGCACGCUAAUGAACCUGCAGAACAACGAAGCUGGGCGAAUGGCAGUGUAUAACCUGGCCAACGUGGCGUGCAAGUGCCACGGCGUGUCGGGCUCCUGCAGCCUGAAGACAUGCUGGCUGCAGCUGGCCGACUUCCGGCGCGUGGGCGAGUUCCUCAAGGAGAAGUACGACAGCGCCGCCGCCAUGCGCAUCAGCCGGCGUGGCAAACUGGAGCUGGUCAACAACCGCUUCAACCCGCCCACGGCCGAGGACCUGGCGUACAUCGACCAGAGCCCGGACUAUUGCCUGCGCAACGAGAGCACGGGCUCGCUGGGCACUCAGGGCCGCCUCUGCAACAAAACCUCGGAGGGCAUGGACGGCUGCGAGCUGAUGUGCUGCGGCCGCGGCUAUGACCAGUUCAAGACCUACAAGCACGAGCGCUGCCACUGCAAGUUCCACUGGUGCUGCUACGUCAAGUGCAAGCGCUGCACGUCACUGGUCGACCAGUUUGUCUGCAAGUAGCCCCAGAGGUCCCCCUGGGCCGUAGGGAUGCACUAAACUAAAGGAGUUGGGGGGGGAGGGGCAGGACUUUCUUGGGCUCAGAAGAAAAGGACUGAGUAAGAUGUAUAAAGACAAUGAUAAUAAAUAUAAAGAAAAAUUUAAGUAUAUAAUUAAGUAUACACGUGUGGUGAAUGGUAAUUUAAUGAAGUUCACUCGAGAACAGAAAGAAGCCGAACUUCUGGAGAAGGAGUCAAAAGAGCGUUGCAGAUGUGUUGCUUUGUCCUCUUUCCCUCGUCAGCAUCUCACAUGAGCUCAGCUGAUCAGGUAAUCAGUUUGAAACGCGGGCUUGGCGUGAUCCGUGACUCUUGCUCUUGGUGAUUCUUCUCUUGAGAAACAGGAGAUGACCUUUUGAACUCAUUGCUUAAACAGCGCGUGCUGCCCUGCCUGAUCCCCUCCCACAGACUCAAUCCACCUCUCCUGCAUUAGAGCUCUUAAAAUCCUCGCGGCGGACAGUGACCUCGUAUGAGUAUGGUGGAAUUUGGAACUAUGGGAUGUCUGAUGAUGUCAUGUUGACCUGUGGAAUCUGUGUUGCUGCGCCUCUCGAGGUCCGAAGCGCUGCCAACCAGAGCCAUGGAGAUCUUAACAAUGGCCCAUCUACCAAGAUCAGGAAGAAAUAAUCCUGCCAGAGGAUACUCAGCACUCUGUCCUCCAAAGCAACUCUACUCGCAGAAGCAUCUUGUCUACUCCUAAUGAUUUAAAA